AUGAUGGAGAUGGUGGCCAGCGACGACGGGAGUGUAAUCACCGGUGGCAAGGGAGGUCGGUGUCGUGUACGCCUUGGGGGUUGGCUUUAUGGGUUGCUGAUUUACUGUUCACUACUGUACUCCAGGUCGGUCGAUUAUGUGCGAGGUCAUCCCAGAGUUUUGAGUUGAUUUGCCAACAAUUCAAGUAACUCUUUAUGGCGUGCUUGAGCUCUUUGUCGCCUAGCACCCUUAAAGAUAUCGCCAUAGAGGAGUCGUCUGGGCAGUCUUUCAUCGUUCGUUACUAUGGAGUGGCUGUUCCAUCGCAGUUAUCUCAGAAUUACGUGAAUACUAAGGGUUCCGGUCCUUUGCCCAGGAUUCUGUUCUAUCAUCAGCUUUAGGAUUCUCGGAACGCAAUUGAAAUAGAAGAAACUGAGUUCCCGCCCGUGCAUCUUGUAGACUGUCCAGGUCUCCGCCCUAUACAGCAGCGUAGUCUUGCUUUGCACAUCUUGAGCUUCGUGUUACGAUGAAGACCGUGGCGAUUCCAUACUGUGUUUUACAGCCGGCGGAAGACCUGGCUGGCUUUGAAGUUCUGGUGAACCACUUUGUCGUCAAUUUCAACGAUGCGGUAGUGUGGUGCCUAAGUAGGCGAUAUUGUCUACGGUUUUCAGUUGGGUGCCGUUGAUGUUGAUCCGAGAGACAUUGUAUGCAGUGUUGAAUGGAGGUUGAUGCGUGACCACCGUUUUGUCCGUUUUGAAGGUCAACCCAACGUUGGCCAAGUCGGAGGCGGAGAGGUCCAUGCUUCGUCGCAAUUCUGCUUCUAUCGCGGAAAUGAAAUCGUCGAAAGCAGUCGCGGGAAGACUCGUUGGGGUCUGCAUGCGCCGACUAUUGAGGAGAUGGACGCUGGUCCUGGAGGCGAUGCGACUUCUGAGGUGCUCGUCGGGGUAGGGGUUUAUUAGCAUGACAGAAAACAUUAGGCCGGUGAGGGUGAGGGCGAGUAUUCAGCCCUACUUUACACUGUUGGUCACUACAAAGGCUUCUGGGGCGGUCCCAUCCCCCAACACGCGUGCCAUCCUCAUGUCGUUGAGUUGAAGCACCAUGUGCAUGAAUCGCUCAGGACAGCUUAAGUUCUGCAUGAUUUUUCACAGUCCCUCGCUAUUCACCACGUCAAAAUCUCGCGCGAGUUCCGCGAAGGUAGCGUAUGGAAGGUCCCGCACUUCAUGUCGUUUCUUUUGCAGCUGGCGGGCGGCGAAGAUCAUGUCAGUGAUUCCGGAGUGCCGUCUGAGGCCACAUUGACUUUCCGGUAAGUUAACUCUUCUAGAAGACCGAUGAGACAGUCGAGGAUGAUGCCUGUGAAGAUCUUCCUGUCUAUGUUUUUAUUGCAGCUUCCGGUCCCCCCUCCGCCUGUACAGGUGGCGACCGUCACGUCCUUGACAUUUUGAGGAACUUGCCUCUGGCGGUACAUCUGCUGGAGUAGCGUUGUAAGUUUGUCCAUCAGCCGGGACCCGUCGUACUUGUAGACUUCGGCCAGGAUUGCAUCGGACAAAGACAAGGGAGACCGGAAUGGCCAUUUCUGGCUUAUCAGCCGUCAUCAGUCAGUCAUACCCAACCCCAAGUGUGGAUCACUUGAGAUUCGAACCCGGAAUCUUUGGUCAUGGAGUUUGACGCUCUACCAUUGAGCCACGGGCCCGUUGUCCUGUCGGUUGUGAUCGGGUAUAUUAAUUAUGAUAGUGGGCGCUCACCGAUCAGGUUACGGAACAUGCUCGUUCCGUUGUGCCUUGGGGCUCAUACUAGAACCCUCGCAGGCAGUCGCACAGCAACUAGUAGUAGACAUAGAUGAGAUGGAGCCGACAAAGACAAGGGAGACCGGAAUGGCCAUUUCUGGCUUAUUAGCCGUCAUCAGCCAGUCAUACCCAACAUACUACUACUACUAGUCGUUGUGCGACUGCCUGCGAGGGUUCUAGUAUGAGCCCCAAGGCACAACGGAACGAGCAUGUUCCGUAACCUGAUCGGUGAGCGCCCACUAUCAUGAUUAAUGUUCCCGAUCACAACCGACAGGACAACGGGCCCGUGGCUCAAUGGUAGAGCGUCAAACUCCAUGACCAAAGAUCCCGGGUUCGAAUCUCAAGUGAUCCACACUUGGGGUUGGGUAUGACUGGCUGAUGACGGCUAAUAAGCCAGAAAUGGCCAUUCCGGUCUCCCUUGUCGUUGUCGGCUCCAUCUCAUCUAUAGCAGUAUUUAACUUACUUGGCGAUCGCUUACACUUUGAUCACCGACGCACAAAGGAAAGGCGGGAGACUUCCACGUUGUACUUAGUUAACGAUGCGCUCCUGUAAACAAGUUCGUUCCUGACAAAUUGUAAUCCAUGGCUAAGAUCACACUUGCGUUGGUCGGAAUUGCGUAAUCCUUUACGUACAAUUCUCAACCCCAGUCGGCACCCGCGCGCAUGAUGACUGGUCGGCCAGCGUCCGUCACUAGCACCAGCCAGUAACAUAGAUGAGACAUUACAUGGUAAGUCACCGGCUGCGUUUGGUCGACUUGUUGUCACAGGAAAAAACUCCAGGACCUGCUCUCAAAUUUUUGUUUAGUAGCGACAUACGAUUUUCUACCGAAUCCAUCUCACAAACUUGUGAUUCGAGACCUAAUGAUUUUCGGCCGCAUACAGUACAGGCCCACUUUUUGGUAUACACCGUUUACAUCCUCCGUUUGGGUCGAUUUGCCUGUUUUCCGUUGGCCCUACUGAAGUAGGUCCAUGUGUGUUAUAUUGUGGUAAUGAAGAAAGCGUUUUGUUCUAGUCUGCUAAAAUACUUUUAUAAACAAAGUCACGGCUUUCACUAACAGUUCAACGACAGGCUGCAUAUCCAUGGCUAAUGUGGACAUUUAUCUUUUACAUCCAAAGAUAGACGGAUUUAUGGCCAAAAGAUGCUAAGGAUGUUCUACUAUAAGCCAAAACUCGCAAUGAAUUAACUGAAUAUUUCGAGAUCCAGAAGUCUGAUCCCAAUGGAGUCCUCUAGAACUCAGCCUGUGCUUUGAAUGGCGGCCCAGAACUCAGAGCACGGAUAGCAGAAAGGACGACUUUAAUGGUAAUUAGAUCUCGCCAUGUCGCAUUGCCGUUAUAGAGCUCUGUGGGGCCUUAUAAGAUAGGCCAUUUCACGAACCUCAAAACUCCACGUCAUGCUAACUCUGUCGAUGGUGGUCCGCACCCUACUGUUUGUCGGGUGUACGUCUGCUUAUUCUGCGGUUAACAUUAGUGGAAGACUAUUUUACUGCCCACCACUCUCAGACGCGUCACGCUGCCAGCAUUUGGACUUAUUGGUAGGCCAAUUGAAGAGGUCUAAGCCGAGAGUGAGACCAUGGCCACGGCAUCCAACUGAAUACUAAAAUGAAGAUGUACAAGUCCGUCGUCCUGACGGCACUUCUCUAUGGAGCGGAAACCUGGACCGUCUACUGCAGUCAUGCCAAAAAAUUCAACCACUUCCAACUCAGCUGCCCUCGCAGAAUGCUAGAGCUGAGAUGACAAGAGAGGGUCCCCGACUCCGAUUUUCCUCUCUCUUUAUUUAUUGGAACUACAAUAAUAAGGUCGUGUACGCACUACGUUAGCACAGAUUCAAAGGAAGUCAAACCUGACACGAAUUUUGAAAUUUAUUCACCAGUGAUUCCUCAUAAUGUCGUCAGUUGCAGUUUUCGACAGCUACCGCUUGGGAUUUUCUGGUGUCGUCUGUUUUCUGUAUCUGUUUUACCCACUGUAGAUGGAGGCUUUACUUGCUGAAAAUUGCAGAAUGAUACUUCCUAAAUAAAGCAUGUCUCUCUCUCAUACACACACAGAAGUUGUAGAACGUAACGGAGUCCUCAGCAUCUACGUCUUGCUGAGGCGACCGCAACUAUUUUAGGGACGCCCAUCCCGUAAGUAUGCAAGUUACAAGUUUAGAUGUCAAUGUUGGUGUCACCACCGGUGCUCGCCGACCGAGUGGCCCAAAACGACGCUAUAACGAUACACCAAAAAGCUCCUUUAAACGAUUGUACAUCAAUCCAGAGAUCUGGAAGGACCUCGCCCAGAACAGCCCGACCUGGAGCAGAAACGUAAGACUAACGCUGCCAUCUACAAGGCCAAUCGGAUUGACGCUCCCAUAGUCAAACGGGAGGCUCGUACUCACAAGUGCCUCACCUCCUCAGUUCCAAUAAUCCGCCGCUUCCAAUAUGCCCGCGCUGCCAAUGUACAUACCGUGCACAGAUCGGCCUUGUUAGACACCUUCAGGCCCAAUGCGCCAUCAACCUGA